GCGACUGGCGCUCGCAGUCAAAAACAGAAAAGAAAAAAUUAAAGAAGACAUGCGGUAACUAAUUGUGCCGCCGCGUCGCUUCUUCCUUUCGCUGGAGGUUUGUGUCUUGAGUUAAAAGGGGGGACGACUUGACUGCUUCACCGCAUUGCCACUUCGAGCGCAAGCAGUGACCCCCGAGAGAGGAGAGGGAGUUGCCUUUAGUUAGCUGACCGACACCGGCAACAUCCAUGCGCGUUGGAAAACAGGUGUACGGUUUCAUCACACGGACGCCGCACUAGCUUCCGAGCCGCCGUGGCUCUCUACGUUAAUGUGUGUACUUUCACGCUUGUUCGAGUGAGGACCUCGGUCAUUUUCACAUGGAAGAGCCUGAUUACCUGGUGAUAUGUUGCGGAAUUAGUCGAGAGAAGCGACAGUCGUUUUAAGCCACUGAACAGGAAAAGAUCUGGGAAUAAGGCUUGACCAGGAGGAGAGACUCAUACCGAGCAGAGGGAAGAAGAGGAAGAAAACAAUCAGAACAGAAGAAGAGAAAGAGGAAGGAAAGGCGUUUGCGCACAGAGCUCACCUAUACCUGACUCUUCUUAGCAAGUCUCCAGUCUUUUGAUUUUAUGACGGAAAGUGUGUCCCCCUGCAGUAGAUCAGUAAGAAGUGCUCUUCAAUAUGAAUACAGAUAGCGGAGGAUACGCUCCCAAAAGCGUGGCCUUGUCACUCAUACUCUCUCCCAUGAAGAGGGUCCAGAGCUCACCAAAUCUAGCCACAGGGAGUGAUUCUCACUCAUCAGACUUGGAUUCUUGGCGGUCACGCAGUGCAACAGAUGGCCUUAAGAAUGGAGACGCCAGCAGCUCAUCUCUUGCUGCCAAAGGCUUCCGGAGCGUCAGGCCCAAUCUUCAAGACAAAAAGUCACCAACACAGGGGCCUCUGUCCCCCAAUCCCACAGCACAGCACACCCCCUACCACUGCCACAGCUCAGAAUCACUCGACUACCUGUCAGGCCUAAUGCCCAAGACCCUAUCACCCACGCCGUAUGUUCCUAGUGGAGCUGGCAGCACAUCUGGUGUGGUCAGCGGGCCGAGCCUCACCACAGUCAGCGGUGUGAGCAUCGGUGGCUGUGUGUCACCCUCGGCUUCCCCCGUGACAGUGUCAGCUCUCAGCCACUACUCCUCAUCCACGGCGGGGCUGCUGGACGAGCUGCAGAUCUGUAGUCUGGACUCACCUGGCGCCUCCCCCACGCCGUCGCCCACCCUCAGCCAUGUCUCCACCUACACAUCCACUGCGGGCCCCGAUGAUGUGCUAACAGCUUCUUUGGCCUCCACUGCCGCAGCAGCCACUUUCACUAACGGCCAGGUCCUCUCUCACGCUAUGAAUGGAAGUACUAGCCAUCCACAGAGACCCCUCUCUCCCCCAUCCUAUCCUCCUCCCCCUGCCUCACUCCACACUGGGCUCCAGAGACAGAGCAGGAGUUCGGAGGGCAGUGAGUCUGUCACGAGAGAGUCUGUGGUGUCGGGCCACACCAGUAUCAGCAGCACUGUGCCCAUUGCUCGCUUCUCGGAAGAAGAAAAAAAGGUUUCCAUCAUUAAAGCCCCUCAUUAUGAAGGCAUCGGCCCUGUGGACGACUCUGGCAUCCCUAUCGCCAUCCGCACGACGGUGGAUAGGCCUAAGGAUUGGUAUAAAACUAUGUUCAAACAGAUCCACAAGGUUCACAAAGCAGAUGACGACUAUUCUGACACAUACAAUGCAACAUAUGCUGUCAUAAACAAUGAUGACUACAGCCUGUCAUCCAAUGCCACCAUGGCCCACCCAGCUCCCCGGACUCAUACAUACAGGCCACUGUCCAAGAGCCCCUCAGACAAUGGAGGGCAUCUGGGGCCUCGGGAGCCUUCCCCAACCCCUGUACCCCCACCACCUCCACCCAUGCCAUCUCUCCUGCAGCUGAGGGCCCGAGAUAGCGACCGUGAGAAAGACUCCCCAGACAUGAAUGAAUGGGGUCCUCCCGACAGGAAAGUGGACACACGAAAGUACCGCGCAGAGCCUAAGAGUAUUUUUGAGUACGAGCCUGGGAAGUCCUCUAUUUUGGAGCAUGAAAGACCAACCUAUGAUGACAUAGAUUUAGAGAACGAGCCUUGGUAUAAGUUCUUUUCCGAGCUGGAGUUUGGGCGGCCGCCUCCUAAAAAACGGCUGGAUUAUAAUCCAGACAUCUCCGCUCGCCAGCACAUUGAGACAUCCCUGCACAUCGCUCCUGCUGACAAGGCUCCGGAGAGACCUGCGAGUGCUGCCAGCGACUACAGGAAGAGAAGGAAGUCAGAGCCCUCAAGUUCCCAAGUGAAUGCUCAGUCUCAGAGCAGAGCUGCAACUUCCCCUAAACCAGUGGAUGCCUACAGACCCAGCAGCAGCCUAAAGAAACCUGUGAUCCGUUCCUCACCAUCCUCACCCUCCAGAGCCAAAGACCAGGAUGUCUCCAGGAGUUAUUCCACCAUGGAUGGACGCCACACACCCCAGAGCAGAAGACCUACUCCUGACAGAGAGAAACAGCCCGCAAGAGCCAUUUAUGAUUUUAAGGCACAAACAGCUAAGGAGCUGACAUUUAAAAAGGGUGAUGCAGUGAAUAUCAUCAGGCAGAUAGACAAUAACUGGUAUGAAGGGGAGCACCGUGGACGGGUGGGGAUAUUUCCCAUAUCCUACGUGGAGAAGAUGCCGUCCACAGAGAAGCAGCAGCCGAUCCGUCCUCCUCCGCCAGCACAUGUCAGAGAGAUCGGAGAGGCAGUGGCACGCUACAACUUCAAUGCUGACACUAAUGUGGAGCUCUCUCUCAGAAAGGGUGAGAGAGUAAUUGUGAUAAGGCAGGUGGAUCAGAACUGGUAUGAGGGGAAGAUCCCAGACACAACCAAACAGGGCAUCUUUCCUGUGUCCUAUGUUGACAUCGUCAAGCGCUCCCCGUCCAAGAGCUCCGUCCACCACAUAGAUCCACAUGGUCACCCUGGCACGAGGACACCAAGCAGUACACCCAUCAAGCCUCUCUACCAUCUCCCUCCAUCCUCCACCACCCGUGACCUUCCCUCCCCUCACCCUUCGUUGAAAAGGCUUGACCUACAAGCUGUCACCAAUGAGUGGCUGUCCCUCACAAUGGACACAUCACCAUCCACUCCAUCUCACUCCUUCGCGACCACCCCAGUACCCCCCACACCUCCCCCUCUUCCAGUUGAACUCGCACCUUUCAGAAAGGCUCAGGAGCCUAAGACACCCUCACCUUCACCCUCGCCUGCGCCGACACAAAGAGGCUUCACUGUUCCACCCCAGACAUUUUCCAGAACUCCAACUUUUAAAGAAGGGAGGCUCAGUUUAGGUCACACCCCAGCUGUUCUGCCUUUCUCCCAACCCCCUCCUCUUCCUUCUCCUCCUCUUCCUUCUUCUCCUCCUCCUCUUCCUGCCCUUCAUUCCUCACUCACCUCUCCGCUGCCUGAAUCUUCCCUCGGAUACAACAGCAGCAGGGGGUUCACUGAAACAGCCCAAACGUUGCACAUUGCAAAGCCAGAGGUUUUGUCCCGCACGACGCCAGAGCCAAUAAAGUCCCACACACAAGUUCCACAGCAGCACAAGGUCACUGCACCCGUAAACAAAAGCAGCAAAACCCCUGACAUUAAGCUGCAGGUAAAAGACCCUUAUGACGAGCUGUUAUCUAUGAUCCUGGAUGGCUCUACCAGUACAGACGAUGUUGUCUUUUCAAGAUUGUCCCUGUUAGAUUCCCCACCAGCUACGCUAACCAGUGAAUCCCAGAGCAGGUUUAAGUUAAAAGCAGAAAGCUCCCAUCAGCCAGCAGCGAAACCCAGAGCAGUCACUCCAGCCAGCGAACCAGCAGGCAGUGUCCGGUUAGAGGUGCAGUUUCACAAGCCUGUGACGAUGGAGCCGCUGUUCGUCACCUGGGGAGGGCAGCCAAAGACUCUGAAUGAUGAUGAACCAGUCGAGUCUCAAAGGCCACCAUCGGUCAAAGGGAGGGGAUAUACUGAGUUGUUCAUUGAGGAAGAGGAUGAAGCUUUAGAAGAGAGAGCAGAGGACUUUAGAGUUUUGAAUGAAAGACUCAGUCCACAGGCUGAUGUCUCUCCUUCCACCCUGACACGGCUUUCUCACCCCGGCCUCUCCUCACUCUCCACACCACCACCUCUGACCUCCGUACCUCCCCCUUCUUUUGACACCUAUUUUUCUGCUCCUCCUUCGUCCUCUUCUUCACGCUCACAACAGCAUGAUCAUAACACUGUCCCUCCGUCUCCCCCUUGCUCCCCUCGGCCCCCAUCCCUUCCUCAGCUCACAACAUCGCCCCUACCUCCAGUCUCCCCGUCUCCUCCUGUCUCACCGCCUCCCAUCCAACCUUCUCACCCCUCUCCAUACGUUCUCUCACAGCAUUCAGUCUCUCAACCCUCAAGGUCAGAGUCGUCUGUUCCCCUUCCCACCCUGUCUGCCCCUAAACCCGCCUCUCCUCCCCCCUCUACGCCACGCUCUCCCCCGACUCCCCCCACUGCACAUUAUCCGGGACAUAGGUCUCCCAAGGUGAAGGAUGCAGUUGUUGGUGGUAAACCUCCUCGUAGCCCCAUCUUGUCCCGGAGGUCCUAUCUGUCACCCAUUAGAGGUCGAAGGCGAUUAGUACAAGAUGCACUCCAUGGUGGGGGAGACCCAUACCAGGCCCUGUACAACUACAUGCCUCGCAACGAGGACGAGCUGGAGCUGAGGGAGGGGGACAUUGUUGAUGUGAUGGAGAAGUGUGACGAUGGCUGGUUUGUUGGGACCUCUCGAAGGAGCAAGUUGUUUGGAACCUUCCCAGGAAACUAUGUGAAGCAGCUAUAAUGAUGAUUCCAGACUCCCCCCGGGCCCCACCCCUUUCUGUGACACGUUCAUCGCCCUCAGCACAGCACCUGCGGGACACCACCUCCCGACAGCGGUCACCAUAGACCUGUCGCGCGUUUAUGUGUUUGCGUGUAUGUGUGGCUCGUAAGCUUCACACAGACUGAACAUUUAGCUCUAACUAGCCAUCUUUAAUGGAAGACUUCUAUAAAGUAAUGUUGUUUUUUUAAAACUUAUCUUUUUAUCCUUAUUUUUCUAUCAUAGAGAACCCGUCAGUGACCUUUGCAAACACUCACUGAUAGUGAACAGUGCAAGGAAGUGAUGCUUUCCUUUCUGUUUCAUCUGUUUAAGGGCAGUAAGAUCACCACGAUCACAUUUUGUUUUCUUUUUUCAGCAGUAUCUCUAACAAAAAAAUACACCUAUGUUUCAUUUCAGUGUUCAAUUACAAAUAUAUUCAUUGCAGAGAGUGUUGAACAAACAGUAUUCUGUCAGCAGGUCUGUUGUAUGAACUGUGUUGUAGGGUUUCAGCCAACAUGUUGCAUCACUGUGUCAGGUAAAAGGAGUUACAUGGAGCAGACUGUGCAUGUAUCACUGUUGUGCGUUGCCCAAUUUAUUGAUCGGUUGCUGAGAAUUUGGAGAUAUUAUGAAUCAUAAUCAAGCAAUUAUUUCACAUACUGAAAAUGAGGAAGUGGAAAAAUAUCACUGACACUGUUCUACUUGCUGUCUACGCCUAAUACAUUAGAUUUAAAGUAUAAGAUUAGAAACAGUAAUAUUUUAAACUUGUUCUCCAUGUUCACACUAGGAUUGAUGCACUUUAGCAAAACUUUAACACAAUUUUGUGUUUGUUUUCUUUCAAAUUUCACUUCAGGUUUUAUACACUAGAGGUUACUAUGAUUUUGGGGGCUUUUGGGGGAUAUUGGUCAUGUGUGGAAAGUGUAUACAAAAAAGGUUACCGACCUUUUAGGUAUUAUAUUUAUUAGAGGACGAAAGCCGGCCAAGCUAUGUUAUGAGAUGAUUUUAUAAAGGAUGGAACAACAUGUUGCUUUUUUUUCCACAUAUUCUAACAGCAGCAAACCCACAUUUGAAGGAUUGUUAUUAGAUUGUCAAGUACCAUUGUCCAGGAAGGUGCCGAGACUGAGAAUUAACAUGGGAGUUGAUGGGCUAUAAUGAAUUACCAGGUGUCAUGUUGUUUUAUGUUGAAUUUAUUUAAGUCAGAUACAGGAUGACAUAGCAUUUAAUCAGAAACGUCAGUCAUGUAACUGCAGUUUUCCACUCGACUUUGGUGGCUUUUAACCCUGUUGUCAGAGUGAGUAGGUAGUGUGUUUAUAUACUGUUUGGAAUUAUUGGCAGUUCCCAUCUUAGCUUGUGAUGCUCAGUAAACAUGAUCUAUGUUUUUGUUUUUGUUUUUCUCUCUCAUUUUGUGUUUCACAAACGAUGGAGACUGACAACAAAACAAAUGUUAAAGCACCUUAAAAUAUAUUUUGUUCUAUCAUUCAUUGUCCUUCAUGUCACCCUCUGUCAUUCACUAUUUCCGAUGGUGUGAGAACACUGUGUGUGUGUGUGUGUCUGUGUGCGUCAGUGGUGUUUUUGUAUGCCUUUUGUAUGAGAGCUGUAAAAUGGCCAACAUCCACUUGCUUUAUAAAGUCAGCUUUUUCUCACCCACCAUCAUAUUUGGUUUCCUCUCCUUCUUUCUUCACGUUUUCGUCAUCAGUGGUGCUAAUUUCCACCUUUUUGACUGCGAUUAUUGUAGCCGGGCAUGUAGGCCUUUUUUUUUUUUUCCCUCCAGUUAUUUGUUGUUUUAAGAAUCAGUGACGUAUUUAAACUGAAGUUACUGUAGGUAGAUUAAGAAGAGUUGGUGAUUGCUGCCUUACACCCAACUCACUAAUUUAAUAGCCAUGUAUAUGUAAACCUCUUCUGUGAUGCAAAAAAUUCAUUUAUGCAUAUGUAGUCUAGAAAACAUCAGGAAAGUGUGCACAUAAAUUCUACAGUGGUGAAACCUUCAGUGAGCCUCUAGUCCGCCUUUGAUACAAUAGGAACAGAUUUGGACCGAAGACGUUAAUUUGACUCCUGAUAUGUUUAUACAUGUAAUGAAAAUGUAAAUCUUAUAUGUUAUUCAUGUUAAUAUCAAAUUCAAUGCACACUCUUGGACCUAAGUAUUUCUACAAUAUCUUAGCAUUUGUUGGAUGAUUUUAUGGGGCUGUAUUGCUAAUAAAAUCCAGCUGGUAGAUGAA